ACACAGCCAAGUGUGAGACACAUACAAAGCAAGUGACCUGAGUCAGCUGUGAGCCUGUGAGCAGCUAGCUAGCCACUGAGCGGCGACGAUGAGGGCAACUGCCUUCUCGCUGUGCUUGCUCUUGGCCCUCGUCGCGGCAAAUGUUGCUGGCCUCGCCGUCGCUGGGAGGGCGCCGGAGCUGAAGCAUGAACCCAGCCUAGAGCCCAAGCCUACGCCACAGCCUGACCCCAAACCAGACCCGCAGACCGACCCUAAACUCGCGCCGAAACCUGACCCGACACCCAAGCCCGACCCUAAACUAACGCCAAAACCUGACCCGAAACCAGACCCACAGCCAGACCCAAAACCGGAACCGAAACCUGACCCAGCACCCAAGCCCGACCCUAAACCGGCGCCGAAACCUGACCCAGCACCCAAGCCCGACCCCAAACCAGACCCGCAGCCCGACCCUAAACCGGCGCCAAAGCCUGACCCCAAGCCCACGCCCGACCCGAAGCCUGCCCCGGGCCCCGGCCCGAAGCCCGACCCCAGACCCCAGCCGCCGGAACAGUCGUCCUCGCAGCCGAAGCAGCCGCCACGUUCGCCGUCAGGCUACUUCAACUGACGGGAGGGAGGCUCGUCAGCAGCCGCUUGGUAAUGGAGAAUUAGCCUGCCUGCAUUUGCAUGGGUGUUGGUGCUUAAGUUGUCUCCGGUAAUGGUUAGUAAUGUAUUGCAUGUGUUCCCUCCGUCUCUGUACGUGUUGUCUCCAGUUUGUUCGUGUGAGCCAUCUUUGCGUCAGUGUGUCUCCCGUGUGAUGUACCAUGAAUAAACAGAGGAACAUGUAUCCCACUUGAUUUUCUGGGUGUUGCUCUCA